AUGGCGCUGUUAUUUACCAAAUAUCACAACUGUCACGAAGCUGAUGUAACAGAAUGCAAUAUAGUUAUAAGUGAAGGUACAUUUGCUAAUUUUGGUAAUCAUGUGAAUCUGACCAGAUGGCUACACAUACCGUCUGUAAAUCUUUGGCCUCAAUCAAUCUAUUCUCGGUUGUCAAAGGGCACAAGCGGAAGGUAUUUGGUAGCUUUUGGAGAUUCGUUUACAGCUGGCGGUGAUUCAAAAUCGUAUCCACAUAUAGCAGCAGGUUUAUUAAAUUGGCAAGUCCGUAAUUUUGCCGUCGGCGGAGCUAAAACACACAAUAUAUUUGCACAAUUAAUCAACGGUGGCACUGUGUUACCAUUAGCCACUCACGUAGUUCUAACCAUCAGUGGUAAUGAUGUAGAUGGUAUUGGAAAAUUGGUAAAUAUCGCUCGAGUUAAUGUCACAGCAUUCGAAGAGCAAUGUACUAAGUUGAAACCAACACUUGUCUCUACUUAUAAGCAAAUCAAAGGUGCAGUUCGUGCUGAAACAAAAAUCUAUGCUCUGCCGUACGUCGAUUUCAUUAGCGUUGGAAAUAGAGUUCCUUAUGAGUAUGAGUCUCACAAAAUACUUCAAAUAUUGAAUAAGCUUGUUGAAGACGCAGCUGCUGAAGCGAAUAUCUACUAUGUGGCAACUGUCGUUUCGGCCUUUCUCGGUCAUGAAAUGUAUUCUUCAGAUCCUUAUAUAGAUGAUUUUCAGCAUCCAACAAAUGCAGUUCAUCCUAAUUUGAAAGGUUAUGCUAAAAUCGGUGAAGUCCUUGCUGCUUAUCUACAAGUUAAUUCAUGA